AUGGCGACCCAGCGCCUCGCCGCGUGGGCCACGUCUCUCCGACUGCACGACCUACCCGCGCCCGUGGUCCAGGCCGCCGUGCGCAGCUUCUACAACUGGACGGGCUGCGCGCUGGGCGGGUCGCACCACCGGACGACCACGACGGCGCUGCACGCGCUGGCGCCCUUCUUCGGCAAACCCACGUCGAGCAUCCUGGGCCACACGAACACGGACACGGACGUUGGCAGUGCCGAUGCCUCGCACGCCGCCCUCAUCAACGGCAUCGCCUCGCACGUCCACGACUACGACGACACACACCUCGAGACCAUCAUCCACCCGACGGGGCCCGUGGCGAGCGCGCUGCUGGCCCAGGCCGAGGCGCUGGGCAAGCCCGUGGCGGGGGACGACUUCAUCCUGGCUUUGGUGGCAGGCAUCGAGGCCGAGUGUAAAGUCGGAUUGGCGGUGUGGCCGGACCAUUAUGAUAUCGGCUGGCACAUCACAUCCACCACCGGCUCGAUUGGCGCCGCGGUGGCCGUGGGCAAACUGCUCACCCUGACGACGGAGCAGAUGGCCCACGCCAUCGGCAUCGCCGCCACGCAGGUGACCGGGCUGCGCGAGAUGUUCGGGUCGGACACCAAGUCGUUCCACGUCGGGCGGGCCGCGCAGAACGGGCUGAUGGCCGCCGUGCUCGCGCAGAAGGGGUACACGUCGUCGCCCACGGCGCUGGAGGCGAAGCGCGGCUGGGCCAAGGUGGUGAGCACGACGCAGGACCUGGACGGCCAGAUGGCCACGCUGGGCAGCCGAGACGGUGGCGUGUGGGAGACAGCCAAGAACUCGUUCAAGCCCUUCCCCUGCGGCAUCGUCGUGCACCCGAUCAUCGACGCGUGCAUCCAGCUGCACGCCGACAUGCAGCGGCAGGGGCUGGCGGCCACGCAGAUCAAGCACGUCCAGUGCACGGUGCACCCGCUCGUGCUGGAGCUGACGGGCAAAAAGACCCCGCAGGACGGCCUGCAGGCCAAGUUCAGCGUCUACCACGGUGGCGCGGUCGGGCUUGUGCUGGGCAAGGCGGGGCCCGCGCAGUACGACGACCGUGUGGUCACGAGCAACGAGAUCGUCGCGGUCCGGGACCGGAUCGACGCCACGGCGGACGCGGGCCUGGGCGCCGACGAGGCCGUGAUCGUCGUCGAGUUCGACACCGGUGCCACCACGCUCACGAAACACGUCAAGCACGCCGUCGGCAGCCUCGAGGUGCCCAUGACCGACGCCCAGUUGCUCGACAAGUUCGUCGACCAGGUCACGCCCGUGCUGGGGCCUGAGGGCGCGAAGAAGGCGAGCGACGCGGCGUGGGCGCUUCAGGGGGUCGCUGAUGUGUCUGUGCUGGCCAAGGGGUUAUAA